GUCGCCAGCAGAAGCCGAUCCCCAGCAGCCGUCGCAGAUGCUUGAGCGCAGCCCAGUUUCGACAUCAAGGUUAGCCGACGAGGCGGAGGGGCUCGAUUCGAGGUCGCCAGACAGAUUGGAAGGUAGCCGACAGCUCCCGCAACCUUCGCAAUUGCUGGAGUCCCCUGGGCCCACAGCGGACGGUUCCACAAAGCUACCCUCGCAACUCCUGGAGCCGAGCCGCGACACAAUGACAAGGGCGAGGUCGCCAUCUGGACUUCAAGCAGGCGGAGGAACCCUACAGCCUACACAAACACCCGUGCGACCAUUGCGACCAGCGGGAGAGGAAGAGGAGAGUCCGUUGAGGCUUUGGGCCUCUUGGAGGCCACCUGAAGGGACUACACCCGGCGAUGCGCUGCAGCUUCUUUCGGAGUUGUUUGAGACAAGCCAUGGCCCAACGACAAGGCAGGCGCCUGCCAGUGUUGCAAAACCCUCGUCUAGCCAAGAAGCUUGGCCCACCGCAGAAGGAGAAGUGAACUUCCUUGGGCCGUCCUUCCUCGAAUCCCCAUCAUCGGACAUGCUGGUGGAGCCCCUCAAGUUGGGAGGCAGCGAGCCUCCAGAGCAGGUCGUGGCGGAAUCCAAGCAGGAUUCCGCAGAAGGCUCACCGGACUUCGAGGAGCCCAGGCAGUCACCACGCUCGCCUGCCUCCGUGUCUGAGGUGUCCCCAGCGUCUCCUUCAGCAGAGCUUCUCAGCGAAGCUGAGCAGCUCAUGAUGGAGGAGGCAGAUCGACUACAUCGAGAACUCCGCCGACGCCAAAGUGCGGCGGCCAGAGGGGCCGAGGAGCUGUCGAGACUUAAGCUCCUGGUCGGCCUUGGCAGUGAGCGCCGGCGCUGCCACCGCUGUGACCUUGCGAUUUGCUCACUUCGUCGCCUUCUGCGUGCAGUCGGAGAGGUGUGCGUGGUGGCUGCAGAGCCCAAUGAAGGAUCCCAGCCUCUCUUCGAAAUGGCAGAGAUCCUGGCAUCCGUGGCGCAUGUGGACUCCCGACUCGCCGAACUGGGUACAUG